AGCCGAGUGUGUAACUUGUGUUUUUGUGUCAGGUGUUUGGGGUUGAUUGGGUAUCUUCAGUGAUAAAAAAAGAUAAAAGACUGGAACAUGUCUUCUGUAUGACACCAGUUUUUGGUUUUCAUAAUCUUCAUUCUGUAAUCCAAAAAUGACGGAUGAUCACGCGCUAGUAUUUAGUGAUGAUGAAGAUGAUUCCGACAAUGGAUAUAACCACCCCGAAAUGCAAGGUGUCCUUAGCAAAUGGACCAACUACAUUCAUGGAUGGCAAAGCAGAUUUAUCGUUUUGAAGGAUGGCACGCUCUCAUACUACAAAUCAGAACAAGAUACAGGCUUCGGAUGCCGAGGGGCUAUUAGCAUUUACAAGGCGACAGUUAAGCCGCAUGAAUUUGAUGAAUGCAGAUUUGAUGUUUCCGUUAAUGACUGUGUGUGGUAUCUCAGAGCUGACAACCCUGAAGAAAAACAACAAUGGGUUGAAGUUCUGGAAGCGCACAAGGCUGAAUCCGGUUAUGGCAGUGAGAACAACUUGAAACGUCACGGUAGUGCCGUAUCGCUGACUUCAAACACUUUAUCAACAGCUUCUACAUCAAGUUUCAAGAAGGGUAGAGGUUUGAAGGAAAAAGUUGCUGAAAUAGAAACUUUUCGAGACAUACUCUGUCAGCAAAUUGAUACUCUUCAACAAUACUUUGAUGCUUGUGCCGAAACAACUCCAUCACUCCGUGGUGCAUCCGGAGAACUUCAAGUCGCAGACUUCAAAGGGGAAGCAUUAACUUUCAAGGCCACAGCUGCAGGAGUGAUAGCAACCCUGCAGCACUGUGUGGAAUUGGUUGGACAGCGCGAAGAAGUGUGGAGGCGUAGGAUGGAACGUGAAGUGGAGAAGAGGCGGAAGGCGGAAGAGCAGGCACGCACUGCUGCUUCCCGCCGUCUCAUCAUACAUAGCAGCCCAGAUUAUGAGGAAGGACCUCACAGUGCCCUAAAUGAUGAAGAAUUUUAUGACGCAGUUGAAACUGGAUUGGACAGGUUGGAGGAGGAGGACGAGUUCAGGGAAAGACUCAAAAACAAGAGUAGCAUGAAGCCUCUCUUGUCCAAAGCUUCACAACACCCACUGUGGCCUGAAAUAGAUAGGACAACCGUGGAGCAGUUGCAUUAUGCAAGACUCGGUGUGGGUGAGGGAGGCUGGCAAUUGUUUGCCGAAGAUGGGGAGAUGAAGAUGUACAAGCGAGAGGAAGAGGUCGAUGGACUGGUGGUGGACCCACUGAAAGCUUGCCAUGUGGUGAAAGGAGUCACGGGGCACGAAAUGUGCCAUUACUUCUUCUCACCAGACUACCGCAUGGACUGGGAAAGCACUAUUGAGCAGAUGACAGUGCUCGAGAAAGUUUCCGAGGACACGCUGAUAUUCCUACAGGUUCACAAACGUAUAUGGCCAGCAUCUCAGCGAGACUCACUCUUCUGGUCUCACAUACGUAAAGUACCGGAUGACAAGGACAGGGACAGUCAGGAUAUAUGGAUAGUGUGUAAUCACUCCACUGACAGCAGCGAGUUUCCGGCAAAUACCAGUAAAUGUGUACGGAUUUAUCUGACUGUGUGCCUAGUUUGCCAAACUUUGGUGGAUCCACCAAAGGAUGAUGCCAAGAUAACAAGGGAUAACAUUACAUGUAAAGUAACUUACUGUUCAGUAGUGAAUCCUGGAGGCUGGGCACCAGCGUCAGUGCUGAGGGCUGUAUACAAGCGGGAGUACCCAAAGUUCCUGAAACGUUUCACGUCGUAUGUCGCCGACCAGUGCAAAGAUAAACCUAUCAUGUUCUGAAUGUGAAACCAACAUAAAAAAGAAACAGAAUAUUUUGUUAUGGUCUAGAGAGUUACAUAUUGUAAAUGCAUUAUAGAAGUUUACAUAAAUAUGUUACCUGCCAUAAAUAUAUUUUUUAAAAUAUCUUUUUUCUGCUUGUAUUUUUCUCAUGCUGUAUAGACACUUUUUUUCAUUUUGUAUCCCGUGAAUGAUUUAAAGAGGUACAUUUUUUCUGUCUGAGUUAAUUGUGUUGUUAAAGAACUUAUUGUAUUUCAUGUUACUGAGUCAUUUGGAUGGGCCAUCGAUUGGAAGAAAUGAAAUAUUAUGCUACUGUGCUGUUGCUGUACCUUGUGCCUUGCUUUCAUGCUGUUUAAUCUGUUGUGAACAUUGAUCUCUUCCAUUUACUUCAGUUCUACUUACUCUGUACUCUUUCGGGUGUAUUAACUGAGAGAUACCAAAGAUGUCAAUUUAAGCAUUUACAAGUGUUUAUUUUCCCCUUACUGAAAUCUACUUUUUUGAGACAUCUCGCAUUUAUUAUUAUAUAUUGUUAGAUUUUUU